CGGGCGGUGCCGGGGGGCCGCUUUGGCGGCGCACCGGGCGGCGGAAGGCGGAAGGGAGCAGCGAGCAGCGAGGGGAGGAGGCGGCCAUGGACGAACUGGGCUGCCCGCGCUGCAAGACCACCAAGUACCGCAACCCCUCCUUGAAGCUGAUGGUCAACGUCUGCGGGCACACGCUAUGUGAGAGCUGCGUGGAGCUCCUGUUUGUAAGAGGGGCUGGGAACUGCCAUGAGUGCGAUACGCCGCUGCGGAAGAGUAACUUCAGGGUGCAGCUCUUCGACGAUCCUGCUGUUGACAAAGAAGUGGAAAUUCGUAAGAAAGUGCUGAAAAUAUACAAUAAAAGAGAGGAUGACUUUCCCAGCUUAAGUGAAUAUAAUGAUUUCCUGGAAGAAAUAGAAGAAAUUGUAUUUAACUUGACUAACAAUGUGGAUUUGGAGAACACCAAAAGGAAAAUGGAGCUGUACCAGAGGGAUAACAAAGAAGUCAUUCAGAAAAACAAGAUAAAACUGACCCGGGAGCAGGAAGAGCUGGAGGAGGCUUUAGAGGUAGAACGACAGGAGAAUGAACAAAGGCGACUGCUUGAACAGAAAGAGGAACAGCUACAACAGAUGUUAAAAAGGAAGAAUAAACAAGCACUCUUGGAUGAAUUGGAGAGCUCCAGUCUUCCUGCUUCGCUGCUUUUAGCUCAGCAUAAAGACAGAUCUACUCAGCUAGAAAUGCAACUGGAAAAACCCAAACCUGUCAAACCAGUCACAUUUUCCACUGGCAUCAAAAUGGGUCAGCAUAUUUCAUUAGCUCCCAUUCAAAAGUUAGAGGAAACUUUGUAUGAGUAUCAGCCUCUGCAAGUGGAGACAUAUGGACCACCAGUUCCAGAGCUUGAAAGUUUGGGAAGACUAGGGUACCUGAACCACGUACGAGCCGCUUCUCCGCAGGAUCUUGCUGGGGGCUACACUUCUUCUCUUGCCUGCCACCGAGCCUUGCAGGAUGCUUUCAGCGGUCUCUUCUGGUUCCCCAGUUAGCCAGCGUCCACCAGCUGCGAUAAGGGGACGCUGGACGAGGUGAGGAGCAAGUUAAGGCGGCAGAGGUUGGUAAAAUUGCUGCCAUCUGCACAAUGGCUAAGCUGCAGUCACUUUUCUGUGUCAAACCAGCUGUGUUUAAGUGGUAAAGGAGGAAAAAAAAAAAAAAAAAGCCUGCACGAGGGCUUUGUAAAAUGGUAGAUACAUUUUUGCGGAGUGGGAAGCUCGUUAGUCAUGUGGCACUUUGCUGAGGGAGGCUGAAGCAAUAAGCCACAUCUAAUGGAAGAUGUGAAUAACUCAGCUGCGUGUGUUUGAGGUUUCAAAAAAAUACACUUGUAAAUUUCUUUAAAUAAAGCCAGACUUUUUUAUUAAA